AUGAUUGGACGCCUUCUUGGCGUGACACCUUUGAUUGGAGAUCGCGCGACAAAGCAGGCUGUACUUCAAGCAAUACAUUCAGUGAGUCUGAUCCAUUUAGCUGCCCAUGGUGAUGCUGAAAGAGGAGAGAUUGUCCUUUCUCCUGAGUGUCCCGCUGAUUAUGUUCCACGAGAAGAAGCCUUCCUCUUGACGAUGGAGGACAUUUCACGAAUUAAGCUGCGAGCUAAACUGGUUGUGCUUAGCUGUUGUCACAGUGCACGCGGACAGAUUAAAGCCGAGGGAGUUAUUGGAAUCGCUCGAGCGUUCUUAGGAUCCGGUGCUCGCUCAGUGUUAGCGGCACGGUGGGCCAUAGAUGACACAGCCACAGAGAAGUUCAUGACUUGUUUCUAUGAGCACUUGUUCCGCGGUGAAAGCGCCAGUGAAUCUCUUCACGAGGCCAGGAAAUGGAUGAGAAACAAUGGCUUUGUGGAGGUCUCUAAGUGGGCUUCUUUUAUGCUGAUUGGCGACAACGUGACGUUUGAUUUU